GAGCGGCGGGCAGCGCCGCUCCCCGCUGGAGGAUCCGGGGCUGCGGCGGGCAGUGCCGCUGCCGGGGACCGCGGCGCCCCGCGGGGCGCAGCAUGGAGAGCCCCGCGGUCACCUUCACGCUGGCCUACCUGGUGUUCGCCGUGUGCUUCGUGUUCCCGCCCGACGAGGUGCGCUCGGCGGGGCUGACGGUGCAGAGCUUGCUGUCCGGCUGGCUGGGCAGCGAGGACGCGGCCUUCGUGCAGUACCACCUGCGGCGCAGCACCGGCACGCUGCUGGCGCACUCGCUGCUGCCCCUGGGUUAUUACCUUGGCAUGUGCUUUGCUGCACCUGAAAAACAUCUUUGUUUUUUCUACCUGGCUUCAAAAGAGUGGAAAACUUUCUUCUUCUUCGCCGUUCUCCUCCCAGCAAUCACCAGUGCCCUGGCGUAUUACUGGUCUCGGAAAGGCUGGAAUAAUCACCCGCUGGCCCGGGCACUCGCUGUUCACGCUCUCCCGCAGUCGGGUUGGAGGGCAGUGGCUUCUUCCAUCAACACGGAAUUUAGGAGAAUCGACAAAUUCGCCACCGGAGCGCCAGGAGCCAGGGUGAUCGUUACGGACACGUGGGUGAUUAAAGUGACCACCUACUGUUUGCAUGUUGCCCAGCAGCAGGACAUUCACUUGACGGUGACAGACUCCAGACAGCACGAGCUCACACCAGACUCCAACGUGCCUGUGCAGUUCCUCACCAUCCGAGUUGCCAGUGUCAAUCCCUACGUCAAGGCAUUUGACAUCCGGUUGAACUCCACAGAAUACGGGGAGCUCCGGGAGAAGCUCCGUGCUCCUAUCAGCAAUGCAGCUAAUGUUGUGAUCCAUCAAAGCCUUAGUGAUCUAUUUUUAGAAACCUUUACAUCUCUGGUGGAAAUAAACCAGACAUACCAUGUUCCAAGCACUCAGGAGCUGGAGCCAUGCAUAGGGUGUAUGCAGACGAUUGCCAACAUCAAGCUGAUCAAGAGCUGCCAGGAGCCGAACGAGGGGGAAUGCCAGCAGUGCUACUGCCGGCCCAUGUGGUGCCUCACCUGCAUGGGCAAGUGGUUUGCCAGCAGACAGGACCAGCAGCACCCAGAGACCUGGCUGUCCAGCCAAGUGCCUUGCCCGACUUGCCGAGCCAAAUUUUGCAUUCUAGAUGUUUGCCUAAUACGAUGAGUAGUAACUUGGGUAUGUUUUAACUUUUUUUAAUUUGACUGUUUCAUAGUGGGUUUGGUUAAAGGCCUGCUAUAUCUGUUUCUGAGACUUCGUGUUCUACCAGGGUACAAACUCUAAAGGUUUAUUUUACAGUGUUGAAAACAGAUGUAAAUAUUUUCAGUUCCUUUCCACUUCUACCUGUAUCUGGAUUUUACUCACCUGAAGUCAGCUUCUGGAUUUUAAUUUUGUUUAAACCCCUGUUUUUCUUUCUUACGCUUUGGAUGGAAUAAGGUUAUCCUUCUAUAUUUGAAGUACUGUUGUUUUUUCAGGUUUUAAUGUAGGUUAAAUUCUUUACAUUUUUAAAUUUAACUUGGGUUUUGAUUCUUUAAUAAAGGGCUAACUGAGAAAAUUGUUUUGGUUAGACUUCAUUGUUACUUCUGUUAUUCUUUAAUCCAGUUGUUAAUCUAUUAAUCUCUGCAGUUGUUCUUCAAACAAGUGCACCAGAUGUGUUCCUUCAGCUGGAAGUAGCUACUUCCACUACAGCUGCUCACAAAGGGUUGCAGUAGGCUAAGAAAUAUAAUUCCUGAAGAUUUACAAGUCCUGUAAGGACCUUCUAUUCCAUUAAUUUGCCUCUAGCAUACUUUUUGAUGGAUGUCUUUAUUUCAACCAACAGAAGGAUUUGUCAACCCAUUUACCUACAUAGUUAGAUACUUUUGGUUUCUAGGAACUACUUUGCUUAGUGUUUCAAUGUUCUUUAGGAGAUGGAACUUCUUUAACAUACAUUUGAAGGGAGUGCAGCAAAUAUCUGAGCUUUUAUUUGUAAUUUAAAAUCACAGGUGGGUCAAAUAGAGAAAGAAAUACUUUAAAGCUUUGGUCUACAAGAAUAAAAGCUCUUUAAUACCUCCCACCUAAAUAAUCAAAAGGAUCUUACCAGUAAAUUAUGGGCAGAGGUGGCAUGCCACUGAUUAUAUGACAACCCCUUGAUUACCAUGACGGCAACUGGUUUGAGCAGGAACAGGUGGCAGGAUGUAAAAAUGGUACAAUUUUGGAAGCACAGCCAUGAAACAUUUCAUAAGCCUCAGCUGAUCUACAGUGAAUGGGUGUGAGUGGGUGAAUGCACCCAUCUGCACUUGGAGCCAGCCAGGAAAUGGUUACAAGUGUGGCUGCAAGCAAGAAUUCAUAGAGGUGUAAGGAACUGAAGACAGAUCUGACAGCAUUGUUUGAAAACUAACAUUUAACUGUUGGUGUUGGAUUUUAACUUUGGAAUUUAAAAAUAAUACUCAUUUGUCAAAAUUCAAACUGGUUGAGUUUAAGAACAUUUAUUGCUUCAGCAUAUCUCAGUUGCUUUAUAUACGACAUCUGCUAUGCAAUUAAGUAAACUACCUGUUAAUAACAGUGAUUUCUCUGUUUUCCAUUACCUGCUGUUUUGGAUUGUACAGAGUGAAAAUUUGACACUGAGACAGGUUGUGUGGAUUUAUCUCUCUUUCCCAAAGAGAUCUUUGGUAGCAUGUCACUCUUCAUCUGAAUAGAAUUAAAUUGAGUUCUGGAGUUUCAAACAGAUUUGUUGGCAAGUCUGAAAACUAGUAAAAAAAUCUAGGAGCCAAGCAGCAGAUGAAUUUAAAAUAUUUUCUAAUACUUCUGUGGGAAAGCGAUUUCCAGAUUUAAAACAGUUUCUGCAGGAUUUUUUAACCUUUGGAAGGUUCUUACAGGGCCCGGUGGUGGUGUUGUCUGACAUGCACCUAUCACUACACAGCAGCCUUUACAAAUAAACAUUUUGUAAUUUGCUUCUGAAGUUUACAUAAUGUGGCACAGAUACACGGGAAUGGCCCUUGAAACACUUGCAGAAGAGAGGGUAGGAUUUGGAAGCUGUGUUUUUGCCACCGCCAGUCAUUCACUUCCUACAACACUUUGCCUGUUUGGAAUAAAAAUAUUUAUUGUAAAGAAUGUGAAGCUAAAAUCAUAAUCUUAGAUGCGACUAGUUGCAGAUGAUUUACAGACUAAAACUAGGUCAGUUGCCAAUAGUAUCUCAUGUAAUAAAAGCUUUAAAUUCCUCAUUGCUCUUGCAGUGGCAUCUACUCUGAGUUAAUGGGAAGUUUUCACUUCAGUGGAACUUUCUGUUCACCCUACCUCUUUUGUCAAUAUAGAAGUACAACAGAGUAACAGCCACAAAAUUGUUGAUACUUUUGCAUCUUUUAAUGCUCUAUCCACAGAAGUGCCUCUUAGAAAACUUAGUAAUAAUUACCAAAACAAAACCAUUAUUUAUGUUAAUGAUAGUAUCUGACUUAUAUUCCUUAAAACAAGUCGUUUUCACCAAGUUUAAAUUCUCAAAGUAAUUGGAUGUGCCUCCAACAUUUGUGUGCUUCUUAAAGGCUGUGUUAGAGAACUUGUUAAAAAAUCCAUAUGAACAUGAAAAUAAUAGAGUACAAAAACAGGCAUUUAUCUUUGUGAUAGCUUCGGGUUAUCAUCCAAAAAGCCGCAUGUACAUACAGGGCCCUUUCUAGAGAAGAUCCUGUCUGUUUGCAGUGAAGAACACACCACUGCCUCCCACACAAUCUUGAUACAUUUAAAUAGGAGGAUAGGGUUUAGAAUCAGUUUUCUUACAGCAUUUUGUAAAAAAAACCACAAAAAACCAAAAAACUGAAGCAAACAAAAACAAAACCAAAAAAUAUAAAAAACCCUGAGUAAUGCAAGUGGCUAAAAUAUUUACUGAAAUAAUUUUCUUUUUUAUUACUGUGUGUAAAUUACUAAUGGUGAUUUAGUUUUGCAUUUCCAGCUGUGUGCUUUUCCACAUCGCUGAUUUGUGGGUGGGCAGUGUUAGUAAUCUGAAGUAUAUUAUAUAAAUGUGAUGUCAUUAAACUAAAGACAGCCUGUUGGUGGACUGUACAAAUAUCCCAUAUGAGUGUAUCAUGUGUAGCCCGAAUUUCCUGGCAUGCUGCAGCUCUACAGGUCUUUCUCAAAACAUGGGUCAUGGCUAUAUUAUUUAUUGCCACAGUUGUAUUACUUCUGUAAUUGUAGUGUUC